GAAUGAACUCCUCUAACCCCAGGAACCAACAAAAAAAAUACAUGCAGAAAGUCAAGGGCACCGAUUCUUUGCCCUCCCCACAUUUCUUUUGUCGUGCUAUCCUCUUGACUCAUUGAUUUCCAUUUCCUUCGUCCUGAUAUCUUCUUUGCUCACCAUUUUAUCCUCUUUCAAUUUAGUUUCCUUCUUUGUAUUUGAGAUCAUUCGUUGCUCAAAGAGUUUCGAGUGCAACGAUUGUGUGUGAUGAUGAGAAUUGUAGGCUUUUGUUACAUUAUUCGUAUGUUAAUUGGUUUGUGGACGUGAUGGGUUGUACAAGAUAUCUAGAGGUGUUGAGACACAAAACUCUUGACCUUCUCAAGCCUAAACUCUCUCUUUUAUAAAUAAAUAAAGAACAUCGAGCUUUGUGGUCAAUGAAGUGGUUGCUAAAGUUGUUAUAGGGAAAAAGUGUUACUGGUCUUGGAGUGGAAAUUUCUCAAAGAGAGGAAGAGAAGUAGUAGCUGAAGAGGCAGCCACUGUUGUUUGAUUUUCAGCAGUUUCAGCUCAUUAAUUUAAACUAGGAUGCUAAACCUUUUUCAAACCAAAGAAGUGUCUUUUCAUUCAGACCCAAGAGCCUUUUAGUCCAAAAGGUGGAAUUUGUGAUAUCCAUUCAAGCAUAGAGGCACUGAGGAAUAUUUUGAAGUCUCAUCAAGAUACAUCAUUAUCAUCUAUCAUAGACGAGGGAGAAGAAUAUUAAAGAAAAUUUAAUUUGAAUAUCCCAACUAAAUCCCUAAAUCGAAAUCGAACUGAGAAGUGAGAAAUCCCGAAGACUCCGAACCCACUCCGACUUCCACCCUCUGCUGCUCCUCUUCUGCGCUAUUUAUAUAUUACAGGUUAUGUUCAUCGCUUCUUUUAAGACUGUGAAUUCACAGGCAUUUGGUAAUGGCAAACAGCAAAUACGAGUACGUGAAGUCAUUCGAAGUCGAAGAUGAAGUAAUGUUUCCCAACUUGAUCGUUGUUCGGGUUGAUGGUCGUGAUUUCCGAAGGUUUUCUGAGAUUCAUGAAUUUGUAAAACCAAAUGAUGAGGUAGCUUUGAAUUUAAUGAACUCAUGUGCAGUUUCUGUGACAGAGGAGUUUCCUGACAUAGUCUUUUCCUAUGGAUAUAGUGAUGAGUACAGUUUCGUUCUCAAGAAAACAACAAGGUUCUAUCAAAGGCGUGCAAGCAAAAUACAGUCUCUUGUUGUUUCCUUUUUAACCUCGGUAUAUGUUACUAAAUGGAAGGAAUUCUUCCAUGAUAAGGAGUUAAGAUAUCCACCAUCUUUUCGUGCACGAGUAAUAUGUUGUGCAUCAAUAGAAGUCCUUCAAGCAUAUCUUUCUUGGAGACAAAAUGAUUGUCAUAUAAACAACCAACAUGCCACAUGUUUUCAUGAGCUGGUUAAACAUGGAAAGACUGAAAAGGAAGCACAGCAGUAUUUGAAGGAAAGUGGAAAGAAGGAGAAGCAUGACCUCCUAUUUGAACAAUUUGGUAUCAACUAUGAAAAGCUGCCCGUCAUGGUACGGCAAGGAUCCUGCAUCUUAAAAACUGAGACAGAAGACAUAGUGAAGUACAACGAGAGUGGGGCUCCAGUCAAGAGACUUCGGAGGAAGACGAGUACAGUCCACUCAAAAAAUAUAGUUGGGAAAAGUUUUUGGAAUCUGUACCCAAAACUUCUGAAGGAACUUGGCGGUUUUGUGGAUGAUAUUAGAAAAAUUGAACCAGAUUAUAUUAGGUCCUUCCUAUGGGAAGCAAAGUUGUUACCAUCAACUUGGAUUGUAAUCAGAAUUGACGGAUGUCAUUUUCACAGGUUUUCUACGCUCCAUGAAUUUGUUAAGCCGAAUGAUGAGCGCGCUCUCAACCUCAUGAACUCAUGUGCAGUGGGUUUGUUAGAGGAGUUCCAAGACUUAGUCUUUGCCUAUGGGGUCAGUGAUGAGUACAGCUUUAUUAUGAAGAAGGAUUCUCAGUUAUAUCAAAGACAAGCAAGUGACAUUGUAACUGCAGUUGUAUCACUCUUCACUUCGUUGUACGUAACAAAAUGGAGAGACUUCUUCCCACAUAGAGAGUUGAAGUACCCUCCUUCUUUUGAUGGACGUGCAGUGUGUUAUCCAUCAUCUGAAAUUCUCACUGAUUAUUUGGCAUGGAGACAAGUUGAUUGCCACAUAAACAACCAGUAUAAUACUUGCUUCUGGGAACUUGUUAAGUCUGGAAAAAGCAAAAUUGAGGCUCAAAAUAUAUUGAAGGGUACUCAAACGCCAGAGAAAAAUGAACUGCUAAAACAAUUUGGUAUCAGUGACUACAACACCUUACCAGUGAUGUUUCGGCAAGGUUCCUCGGUCUUUUGGGACAAGGAAGACAUUACUCCAGAACAUGAGAAUGGAACAUGUAAUGGAACUUAUCGAAAGAAAGUUGUCGUAGAACAUUGCAAUAUAAUCGAACCAGACUUUUGGAACUCCCACCCAAGCAUUCUUAACCUGAAGCCAUAGAUUCUUUGAAAUGAAGGCUAGCUUUGAUAGGUCACUCUUUUUUUACACCUGAAUUAUGGUCAUUUGAAAGGUUUAACCAGUUAGCAAUUUUGAAACUGCAUAAAUCUCUCUUAGCAAUUCUAAUUGAACAUUUAAAAGCCUUAUUAUUAUAUAACAAACAGUAUGGGUAAUCAAAUCAUAUUGUUUUUUGUGUGGCUGUUA